UGCCGUAACCGCCACCCACACUUCUCUCUUGACAAAUUCAUCCAUCUUCCUCAGUUUCGCCGGUAACUGUACUUCGAUUCCUACAAAAGAACCCCUUGUUUCGUUUCGUAAUUCUUAUGUUUUUUAGUUCCUCCUAAUUUUAGGAUUAUGCUUCUAGGGUUUUCGUUUAAUUAGUCAGCGGUUAGGUUUUCAAAUUGAAGGAUAUGCAGGAGGAUCUUAAGGUGUGUCGGUUUGAAACAGAGCUGAGUGAUUUAACCGAUACGGUGUUCAACUGUGUCGUACCGUAUAUACACGACUGCCAUGACCGGAGCUCGGUCUCCUUGGUUUGCCGUAAAUGGUGCGAGCUUGAUGGUGUCACACGGAAGCAUGUGACGGUUGCUGUGUGUUACUCCACGAAGCCGGUUCGUCUCUGUGAACGGUUUCCUCUUCUUGAAUCGCUAACUGUAAAGGGAAAGCCACGUGCCGCCAUGUUCGAUCUGAUUCCUGAGGAUUGGGGUGGUUACGUUACGCCAUGGGUUCGUGAAAUCGUGAGUUCCUUGAAGUGCUUAAAAGCGAUCCAUUUCCGGCGUAUGAUAGUUCGUGAUUCGGAUAUUGACCUGUUGACCCGAACUCGUGGUCAAGAACUUAGGGUUCUGAAGCUUGAUUUGUGUUCUGGGUUUUCGACAGAUGGGCUAUUGCAAAUUGGUAAGUUGUGUAAUAACUUGAAAACUCUCUAUUUACAAGAGAGUUUGAUUGUUGAGAAAGAUGGGGAAUGGUUACAUGAAUUAGCUUUGCAUAACAAAGCUAUGGAGUCCUUGAACUUUUACAUGACAGAUCUUGUUAAAUUUGACCUUAAAGAUCUCGAACUUAUUGCAAAAAACUGCAGUGGAUCUUUAGUGUCUGUGAAGAUCAGCGAAUGUGAUGUUACGGACCUUGUUGAUUUUUUUAGGUAUGCAGUGAAGCUAGAAGAAUUUGGUGGUGGUGCAUUCAGCGAUCAUUUGGAGAAAUAUGCUGGUUUGAAAUUUCCUCCUAUCUUGAGGUCUAUGGCAUUGAAUUACAUGAGUGAACUUGAACUUCCUGUUGUGCUCCCUUUUGCUUCUCAGAUAACGAAACUGGAUCUUCUUUACGCACUAUUUGAUACAGAUGCCCACUGUUUCUUGUUUCAAAGGUGUCCCAAUUUGGAAGUUCUUGAUGCAAGGGAUGUGAUUGGAGAUAGAGGAUUGCAAGUUCUUGGUCAGUUUUGCAAGAAACUGUGCAGGAUUAAGAUUGAAAGGGGCGAUGAUGAAGAGGGAUUAGUUUCUCAAAGAGGGUUGAUUGAUCUGGCACAAGGAUGCCUCGAAUUGGAAUGUUUACAUGUAAAUCUCACAGAUAUCACAAAUGAAGCCUUGGAAUGUGUAGGAACCCACUUGAAAAAACUGUAUGACUUUCGUAUGAUUUUACUCGAUAAAGAAGAAAGAAUUACAGAAUUACCAUUAGAUAACGGGGUUCAGGCUUUGCUCUGCGGGUGUAGCAGGUUGGAAAGGUUAGGCAUCUAUCUUCGGCCUGGUGGAUUGACGGAUGUUGGUUUGGGUUAUGUUGGAAAAUAUGCUCAAAAUGUGAGAUAUAUGCUUCUUGGUUUUACUGGGGAUUCUGAUGCAGGACUUGUGGAGUUAUCAAAAGGGUGUCCAAAUUUGCAGAAGUUGGAAAUGAGAGGGUGUGGUUUCAGUGAACAAGCACUUACCGCCUUUGUGCUGAAUGUAGCUUCUUUGAGGUAUUUGUGGAUUCAGGGGUAUCACGCAACUGAAAGUUAUGGUGGAUUACAGGGAAUGGCUCGCCCGUUUUGGAAUAUGGAGUUAAUUAGUUCCGAUAGAUAUGUUGAUGUGCAACAACAACCCCCUUCAUUGCUUGCAUAUUACUCGCUUGCUGGACAACGAACGGAUUUCCCAGAGAGUGUUCUUCCUCUACACCCACACCCUCCUUUGGAUCUUCACUAACCAGGUGACUGAUGAUGAUAGAGUGCUUAAGAGAAAGAUGUCUUGGCUGCUGCUGAUGCUGGUGCAACAUAAUUGAUUUGAUGAUGAUGAGAGGUGGGCUGUUUGUAUUUUAGGAAUUCGGAAAACCCAUAUGAUUGAUUACACGAUGACUCAAAUCGAACACCAACAAUGUUGGAAUUGUUGGAUGAGAAGCUUCUAUUUGUAAAGAAUCCAUCGGCAUGAUGAAUGUUCUCCUCUUAAACUUGAACAUCAUAUUCAUUUCAUUGUGAUUUGUAUGAUUAAAAAUAAAGAUAUAGAAUGCUGUUGGUACAGGAAA